GCUGCUCGCUGCUGCUGCUGCUGCUGGGGCUUCACACUGCUUGUCAACAGCCGAUCGAUCCCGGCCGGGGGACUGGGCUCGCUCCAUGUUUGUUUUAGGCCGUUCCUCGUGAACCCGUCCAGAACCAGCUGCAGUAUUGGGAGAGUAUUCUAUUCUUCAACAGUGGAACUAUGAUGGCAACGUGACAGGGGAACCGUUGAGAAAGCUUAAACGGCAAACAUGGAAGGACAGCGGAAGGACCAGCACGACAAGGUGAACGGCCACAGCAAGCCCAAAUCGCCCCAGGACUCGGCUGAUGUCAGGUGGACGCCACCCAAGGGAAAGUUUGGUGGUUCAAACCGCUGCGGGGGGACCAGUGUGUCAGAACUGACAGACCGGCAAGAGUUAAAGGCCAAGCAAAGGGAGGACGAAGAGGAGAAGGAGGUAGUUCCUCCCUCUGAAGGCCUGAAGGGGGACCAGAGGAAAAAAGAGAAAGAGAGUCUGGAUAAGGAGGAAAACAAUCACAGCAAGCAGAACAGCAGUGCAGCUUCCACCUACACAGACUUGUCUCAUACCUCGUCACCCUCGCUGUCAGAACAGCUGCGUCUUGGCCGAGAAGACAGCACAGGGUCUGGGAUCAGCGUGGAGUGUAAGGUCUGCGGGGACAAGGCCUCUGGCUUUCACUAUGGGGUGCAUGCCUGUGAGGGUUGCAAGGGCUUUUUCCGUCGAACCGUGCGAAUGAAACUGGAAUAUGAUCGCUGUGAGCGUUCCUGCAAGAUUCAGAAGAAGAAUCGUAACAAGUGCCAAUAUUGUCGCUUUCAGAAGUGCCUGUCUUUGGGAAUGUCGCAUGAUGCGAUCCGAUAUGGACGUAUGCCUGAGGUGGAGAGGAAGAAGCUGGUGGCAGGCCUGCUUGCUGAAGAACUGAAUCUUAGCAAACCAGGGGGCUCCGACCUGAAGACCUUGGCCAAACAAGUCAACGCAGCCUACCUGAAGAACCUCCUUAUGACCAAGAAGAGGGCCCGCAGCAUCCUGUCAGGCAAAACCAGCAGCAUCUCGCCGUUUGUGAUCCACGACAUGGACACACUGUGGAAGGCAGAAGGUGGUUUGGUGUGGAGGCAGCUAGUUCACGGCGCGCCCCUUGCCAAGGAGAUCGGGGUUCAUGUGUUCUACCGCUGCCAAUGCACCACCGUGGAGACGGUGCGAGAGCUCACUGAGUUUGCCAAGAGCAUUCCGGGGUUUGUGGACCUCUACCUUAAUGACCAGGUCACUUUGCUGAAGUAUGGUGUGCAUGAGGCUAUUUUUGCCAUGCUGCCCUCUCUCAUGAACAAGGAUGGACUGUUGGUGGCCAAUGGUAAAGGCUUUGUGACCAGGGAGUUCCUGCGCAGCUUAAGAAAACCCUUCAGUGAGAUCAUGGAGCCCAAGUUUGAGUUUGCUGUCAAGUUUAAUGCUCUGGAUCUGGAUGACAGCGACCUGGCCCUGUUUGUCGCUGCCAUUAUUCUCUGUGGAGAUCGUCCCGGGCUAAUGAACGUAGAGCAGGUGGAGCAGAGUCAGGACAACAUCCUUCAGGCCCUGGACCUCCACCUACAAUCAAACCACUCUGACUCAGCCUACCUCUUCCCCAAGCUGCUGCAGAAGAUGGCCGACCUUCGUCAGCUAGUUACUGAGAACGUUCAACUUGUCCAAAAGAUCAAAAAGACGGAGUCGGAGACCUCGCUCCACCCUCUACUACAGGAGAUCUACAAAGACAUGUAUUAGUAUUCCCCAGCACAGACUGCUUUUAGCAAUACUGUUACAGACUGAAUUUACAUUCAUGAUACUACACUGCAUUCAGUACAAGCACUGUUCCACGUACCGGCAUGGAUUAUAACGUGCAGAUAAGGCAACGUGACGUGGCAGAGCUAACACAAUCAGGAAAGUAUUCUCAAUGUCAGCAAUACCCUCUGCACAGUUUGUGUGUGUGUGUGUGUGUGUGUGUGUGUGAGCGUCAGUGUGAGUGUGUGUGAGAGAGGGAGAGAUCAGCAUCUGGAUUCAUUUGCUGAAAGUCCGAGUUUCCCACAACGGUCACUUAACAGAGAGAAUGAAUUGUUUUCUCACCGAGGCUGCUCCUGUUACAUUCUAAUAGCAAAGCUGACCCCAGAGCAGUUUUUAGAGAGUUUCUCCUCACUCCCCUCAGCUCUGUGUUUGUGAAGGGAAAGCAUUUUGGGUUCUUACACCAAUGGCAUAGUUGAAAAAGAAAAGAGACGUAAAGUUUGUACUGUGCAAGAGUUUCUUAUGAUGCCAAUGUCUUUGAUGGAGUGAUUGUUCUCAGACUUUUGGUAAAGCUGAAGGUGCACAAAUUGGUAUUUGUUUACAUCAUCAUCAUCAAUGACCGCUACUUUGCCAUUUGGUUAAUAGAACACAAACUGGGCUGGCUCCAGCAGUGUAGAGCUCUCUCUAAGCAGCUGUCUGCAAUACCGGUUUAAUUGUUCACUAAAUGGGGAGAUCCAAGUUAUACAGGUUUUGUCCUAACGCAAUCUGCCCAAGUGGUAACUAUUGGACUACGCUGCACAGAUGUUGUCUCUAAACUGACUCUAUAAACCAGUGGUCCCCAAACUACGGCCCGCCUCCACAUUUGGACCGGCCCCCUGAACAAUACCAGAGACACGUUCCGAUUUAUUAUUUUUUUCACCCUGCCCGCUGCCGUUGAGAUUGCAGUGAGACGCGGAGAAAAUGUGAAGUGGUGCUCUUCGCAAUAGAACAUCUUUGAUGGGACGUGUCGCGUCUCGGCCAAUCAGCGUUCAGAUGUCGACCGCGUUUGGGAAGUUAGGUUAGCUUGAAUGUUAGUCCGCUACAUCUGCUGCUGUCACGCUGCACGGUGUAGCGAUACUAACGAAGUACCCGUACGUUAAAAACGAUGUGAUUUAGCAUAUUUUUAGUAUCGAUACUUCAUUAAAAGAGCGAUCAGAGCGCACGCGCUGCUCCGCUCCGUUAAAUGCUGUCUGCACGCGCAGUGCUCACCUGUGUGCGCGCAUCGCUCAGCCGUGAUGCGCGCACACAGGUGAGCACACUCUCACCAGCCCCGCCCCCCCCCCCGGGCUGGCCCUCCAGCAGACAAGGGAAACGUUAUGUGGCCCUCUCAGGAAAAAGUUUGGGGACCCCUGCUAUAAACACAUAACCCACUGAAGUUCAAGGGACAGCAUGUUUUUUUAUAUUCUUUUUUUUAUGUCACAAAUGAUAAUGAAUUUGCCAUUUUAAGGGUAGUCCAUGUAAUUUGUACUAAUUAUUUGUAAUUUUUAUUCAUAUUUGUAAGGGCAAAACAUGAAUUGUGAUCUUGUUUUAUGUAUUAAGUACAUUUUUUUUCAUAUUACAUGCUUGCCUGUUUAGUUUCGGUUGUACCAAAUAUAUUGUCGAGCAUACCAACAAACGUUUCCUUGGUAAGGAAUUUGGAUUUCACGACCUAAAACUUGCAUAAUGUACCACAUUGUCAUUAUUGGGAAAAUUGAUGAUAAGAAAUCAGCAUCCAGCAUUUGGUAACGUUAGUCGCUCAUGUAUUAACCACAGUCCUAGAUUACUAUCCUUUUUGUGUACUGAUUUGUCGUCUUAAGAGAGCCACAAAGUGUAACAUCCUUACAAUACUGAAGCCAAGAAUCCUAGGUUUUCAACUGUUUUCCAUCCCCUCGUAUUCUGUAGGACUUUUCUUUUUUUUCCGUCACUGUUUUGACUCUAAAUAGACUUCAGCAUGUCAGCAUCCGUGCACACAGUCCACUUCCAGAAAUCUCCUCCUGUGCUCUUAAUCUGUCUUGAUCCCUAUCUACCUCUAAUAUAUGAUCUGUGACAUUAUUCCACUGUUGCACCUGAUCUCUGACGUUUGUUAUUGUUGCCUUAAUUCUUGCUAUUGACACACAUUGCAAAUCUGAUAUUAUUGACUGAUGUGCGGCGAUCCAACACAGCAAAGGGUGUGGAUGGAUAAGGAGAUAAAGUACACCAAAAAAAGUU